CACAACGUGGGGAAUGAGACUUCGGAUGCGGCAAGUUUUUUGUCUUUUGUUGACUCAAGUUUUUCACGGAUCUCAAAUUUAAUUAGUUUACAUAGAAUAAUAGAUAAGUGUGGGAUUGGUUAUCUUUUUGGGUGGGUGUGACUUGGGCUGGAAGAUGGGGUCCAUGGAUGAUGACGAAGUCCUUGGAGAAUGUUCAGAUGAGGAAGAGUACAACCGAUUGGGAAUCAGUCAUGGGAGUCUCUGGUCGCCCAAAUUUGAGGAGAUCGAAGCCCUCUACACAACCAUCAAAGCGAACAAAGUAAUCGAUUUGGAGUGGAAAUGUGUCGGACGACGAGAACCUGGUCAGGUUUUGGAGGAAGCCGUAUCCGAAGCAGAAUUAAAUCAAUUAUCUUUAACAGUGAAAGACUCGGAAGGGGACGACUUUGCAUUCGACGUUGACGAAGACUCUCCAUCCUUAAAGACGUCGAAAUCUGGAUCCAUUUUUAAGACUAAGAUGAGCACGAAGCGAACGACAACGUUGGCCGGCAUUUUGUCGAACAUGGAGAGACAUCGGAUUAUCGAGCGACAAGAUAGCAAUAGUCCGACGACGACGCCUGGGGGAGGAUCUACUCCUGGCCGUGGGAGGAAUCAAAGUGGUAGUGGUGGUGGGGAUUAAAUUACCUGGUGUGAUACCCAAGUUAAGUUUGAAAUUAACUAUAUUUUGAACUUUUGAUGUAAUAUUACGUUUUGUCAUACAUACAUUCGCUUCAUUUAGUAUGAAUAAGCGAAUGUACACUAUUUAUAUUUUUGUACAAUUAUUAACCUGAAAUAUGCAAAAGUAGUAAAAUAAUAAAAUAUGCGAAUAGUGACUCAAAAUUAUCACAUGAACUUCCAAAGAGUAAACUUUGUACGUAUUUAUAUAGCAUUUUAUGAUAUUGAUUAUGAUAUUGAGUUCAAAUUGAAAUAAUAAAUGUUUUUAACGUGACACUAAA